UUUCACUUUUCUUCCCACAAUCCCAACCAUCACCACCAUUUCUCACUUUCUUUCUUUCUUCCACUUUUUCUCAGUAUUCAAUGGCUACCCAUCUCAGAAUUAUGCCUCAACAAAUCGUGGGUCGGUGCUAGAUUAGCAUUUUCUUCUCUUUUUUGCUGUCAAAGAGAUACCCAGUUGCAAAAGUUUUGAUUUUUUUGGUGGGAAAAUUUGCUGCCAAUCAACAUUAGUGUCAAAUAAUGCUGGGUUUUAUAGGGACUUUUCUAGUUUGUUUUGUUGAGGGAAUUAAGUUUUGGUGGAAUAGAGGUUGAGGGAGUAACAUGUUGUAAACUUUCCUUGAUUCAUUUUUGGUUUUUGUGGUGUACAAUUUUAUGGAGAGAAUUGUGUUUAGGUGUUUUAAACUACAGGUGGGUAAGAAUUUAUUGGAAUUUGGAUGCUCCACACGCUGUUAUUUUAGUGGCUGAACUGUUGGAGAUAAAUGCGCCAUUUAUUGCAGUCAUGGAUUCAGUUGCAUGGAAGUAAUGAAGUCCUUCUUGAAUUGGUAAAUAAGGAAUUUGGAUUUGAGCCAUUUGAGACUGUUUAAGGAUAAGCAUUUUUUCGCUGUGUCUGAAGGAUUUUGGUGUGAUUAUCAAUCCUCUUUAUCACGUAUGAUCAUAGGCUAUAUUUUUAUUGGAAGAAAGGGAGAAUCAAUGAGCUGUGACUCAAUCUCAACUGUAAAAGCUAAAGCCUUAUUGUGAUCUCAAUUGGGCUUUUCUUUGUGGAGAAGAGAACUGAUAUCUGGGGCUUUCAACUUUUUUCUUUGGAACUUCAGAAUUCAGAUAGUUAAGUUCUGUAGAAACAAAGUAUUGAUACCUUCCCCUCCAAAGGAAGCUAAAAGCACCGUGAGCUUCACUCAAUAGAGAAACUUACAGGACUGAAAUUGGAAUUCCUAGAUGCUUCGUGAGUGGACUCAUCAUGCUGCAUCCUCCUUGUCUUUUGUUCCUUCACAAUGUUGAGUCAAAUAAGGCUCAGCAGAAUGAGGUUGUGUAGUCUUACCUAUGAAGUUUUGUGAAUGACUGUGGCAAAGUAAGGCCAAGACUACCUUGGCACCCUCAGGGAAAGGAAAAAGGGAAAGAAGAAAGUCAAUUGUACCUAAUCAUUAUGGCUAAGAAGUCCCAAAAACGCCUUGUGCGGUAUGAGAAAGAUAAGUCAGGCUGCAUGUGGGGUUUUAUUAGUAUGUUUGAUUUUCGCCAUGGUCACUCCACUAGGAAGAUGAUUGCGGAUAAGAGGCGUAGCAGCAAACAUGCUGUUGGUGUUUUACAUUCUAAGAACAAGCUUGAGAUGUCGAGCAAUUUGGAUGAAGUUUGUCAAGGCAAUGCUGACAUUGGAGAGAGUAAACGACCAUCGGUGAUUAAGCCUAGCGUGAAGAAGCUCAUAGAAGAAGAGAUGUUCAUGGACCGUAAUGCAAUGAAGGAUUCAAAUAAUGCUGAAACAGAAUCAAAGGAAUCUAGAUUAAGGCGUGAAGUUCUUGUGAAGUUAGAUUCCAAGAGGAAAAAUAAAUCAUGCAAGAAAAACCAUGAUAUGGACACCAACGAUUUAAAUUUGAAUCCAACCUUGAAAUCUGAAAUUGCACAUAAUCAGCACUCAAGGAAGCAAUCUAAAGAUAAUCUUGAUCUGGAUAAGAUAAUUGAAGAGUUUUGUCACCUAAAAGAUGCUCGUUCCAUGAUGCAUGGGAAAGAUGGAGAAGAAAUUCUUGCACAACCAAACCAUAAGCAAACUAUUUCUGAAAACAAUGCAAGAGAUGCGAUUCUAGAAUUGGUGAAUCAGAUGAUAUUGAAUGGCAAAGAUCUGGCAGAAGCUAGAAGAUUUCUUUGCUCCCAUCAACUCAUGGAAGCUCUACAAAUUAUAAGUUCAGAUAAGGAAUUGUUUCUUUCACUUCUACAUAACCCAAAUUCACUUUUAUUCAAAUGUGUUCAAGAGUUUAGGAGUUCUGAAGGGACAAAUGACAAAGAAUAUGGUUGUAUCACCGGUUCCAACUUCUCUGAACAAGAUCAUGGCCAUAUUGAACAAACUAGGGAGAUUGUCAACCACAAGAAGCACAACUUUUUCAGGAAAAAGGUGAAGUCUCAAUCAAAAAGUUCAACAGAUGAAAAUGGGAAUACUGACUUGUCAAGUAGAAUUGUUAUUCUGAAGCCUGGGCAAAUGGGUUUGCAAAAAUCUGACCCUGAAAGCAACCUUGCCUCAUUGCAAACUUCUCACGAUUCUGUCAAAUACAAUGCCCCUUCUGUGAGAGGCAGUUCACAUUUUUCUCUUACAGAGAUAAAAAAGAAACUAAAGCAUGCUAUGGGAAGGGACAGACAUGGAAACCCUGAAGGGAUCUCAACAAGACACACUGCUGAAUAUCAAAAUAAGGUACGCAGCAGCAAAGCCAUUGGUAAAGACAAUCUUGGAAUGAGAUCUCCUAGUAAAGAUCAUUUCUUCAUUGAAAAAAUUGCUAGACCUACAGCUGGUGUUAUGAAAGGAGACAAGAUUGGUACAAUUAGAGAUUCUGAAUUGACUAGGGAACAUGAAAACGGUAGUUAUCCCAAACAAAGGGUUUCUAGCUUAUAUAUUGAGGCUAAGAAACAUCUGAGUGAGAUGGUAGGUAAUGGAGAUGAGAAUAUAGACUUGUCAAGUAGGCAAAUUUCCAAAACCCUUGGGAGAAUACUAUCACUUCCAGAGUAUAACUUUUCUCCCCUUGGCAGUCCUGGAAGGGAUUGGGAGCAACAUUUUGUGACUGCACAGACAAGAUUUUCUACUUCAGAUAGAAAUUGGGAGGCUAAUAAGGAUAAUGUGUCUUCAAAACAAGGAAACUUUGUUGGUCAUUUGGAUCAAGAAACAGACAAAGACAAUGCAGAGAAGAAGUCAAGCAUUUGUGAUGAAAGCUCCAAUAAUGAAGUACCAGAAGUUAAGUCUGACUCAGAUCAUGCUGACAAAGUGGAAAAUUGUGGUCCUAUUAGAGAUGAGAUAGUUCCUGAAGGUGAGAUAGAAUCUGCAAAAGAGAGAGAUGUUUUGGAAUCUUCCUCAGAAGCAGUUGUCCUUGGUGCAGGAAAAGAGAACCAAAACUAUGAUAUAUCAGAAAUUCCUGAUAGUGCAAGAUGUGUUCAAUGUUUGAAGCAGGAUGUAACAGAAGAAAGCAAACCAUCAUCUCCACUGUUGUCCCCCUCUCACUUUUCCACCACUAAGAAAAUUGAAGAGCUAGAAAAUGUUACAGAUGUAUCUUCACGGCCAAGUCCUGUAUCAGUUCUUGAUACACCAUUCGUAGAGGAUGGUGCCAGCCCUGGGUACUCUGGACCUCAACCUGUAGAAGUACCUGUACAGCCAAUACAUAUUCAAUUUGAAGAACAAGACUCUUCACCUGUGAAUCAAAUUAACAGAGAAAAAUAUUGUCUUGAAGAAAAUGAAUUACUAUAUGACUACAUCAAAGCAGUCCUACAAGCCUCUGGGUUGACCAUAGAUCAAUUGUUGAUGAAAUGCCUUUCCUCAGACAAGAUACUAGAUCCUUCCUUGUUUGAUCAAGUAGAGUUCUUAUCAAGCCAACUUUGCCAUGAUCAGAAGCUCCUAUAUGAUGGUAUCAACGAAGUUCUCAUGGAGGUUUGUCAUAAUUACUCUGUGGUCUCACCUUGUGUGUCAUUUGUAAAUCCUGGCAUAAGGUCUACUCCAAAUAUAAAAAGGGUUAUUCUCAAGGUUUGGGAAGGAAUAUAUUGGCAUGUCCUUCCCUUGCCCCCACCACGUUCCUUGGACAAAAUUGUUAGGAAAGAUAUGGAAAAAAGUAGGGCAUGGAUGGACCUCAGAUUUGAAGCCGAAACAGUUGGUUUUGAAAUGGGAGAAGCCAUUCUAGCAGAACUGAUGGAAGAUACAAUACUAAACUGUGUAAGCAAAAGUACACAGAGUGAAUGUUCUCAACUUCAAAUUGAAUACAAGGACACUGAAAACAGCACCAGUGUGUAAAAGACAACUCGCCUACUUUUUGUUCCUUAUCACCUCGUAAAUUGCUUUGUGAGAGGUGGAAGGGAAGUAAAGAAUACUGGGGACUUAUAGGCUUUUUUAAAGUAUACUUGGUAGCAUAACAUUUCUCUUUGGUCAUGCCUUACUUCUCCAGUAUCAAAUAGAUUCAUGGUGAAUGAGGGUACUCAAAUAAGGGACCACAAAGUAACAAUAAGUAAAUAAGAAGCCAGUUGCAACUGCUUCUUGCUAAGUACAAUACAAAUGAUGCUUGUCUUGUUUACAAUGACAAAAGUAACAGGUUUAUUGUGUGUGCUGCACUUCACCCAUAAGGGCCAACGGUAUUUAGUUGUAGAUUUUGUAGGGUUUGAUAUGCUGAUCAUAUUAGCUGGUGUGUUUGAUAUCAUUGUAAUCCUUACUUCUCUGUAUAUUAGUUUUUUUGGUUAAUCUAUAUAUUGUAUCUAUAAGU